AGGUUCAACCGAUUUUAAGGAUGUAUGAAAAUGGUUUACGACGUUACAAUCCUGGUUGUACUGAUGAAGAUGUAGACAAUGAAGUUGAAAGAAAUUUUGCACAUUGGUUUAAAGAAUAUGUAUAUUGUCCAACGAACAAUGUGUGUAACCAAUCACUCAUUGAUUUGGCAUCUGGGCCGAUAAUGGAGGUUAACACAUACACUGGGUAUGUCGUUAAUGGUUUUAAGUUUCAGACUGAAGAAUAUUGCCGUAGAAAGUCGACUGCUAACUACGGAGUGUCAAUCAAGGGAACAGGUUUAACACAAUUUGAAUCAAAUUUUUUUGGCAAAUUGCAAGAGGUUGUUGAGGUUGAGUACCCCAAUGUUCCAAUAAAAAAGGUUGUUCUCUUCAAGUGUGAGUGGUUUGACCCAACACCCAAUAUUGGAUCAAUAUUCAAUUCUGAAUAUGGUAUCGCUGAGGUGCAUUGCAAUAAACGAUAUAGGAAAUAUGAUCCUUUUAUCAUUGCACAAAGCGCAUGUCAGGUGUGUUAUAUUCCAUACCCACGGGGUAUACGGGAGAAAAUAAAUUGGUGGGUAGUCUUGAAUGUACGCCCAAGAGGAACUAUUGAUAGUGCCUAUAGCUCUAGUUACACAUAUCAACAAGAUAACAUAUCGUUGCCUACAUAUGGGGGUGAUCAAAGUAUUCAAGAUGACGUGCAAGAGUUAGUGCACGAACCAUUACAAAUGAAUGAAGUGGAAUUACCUCACAUCGGAAAUCAAUGGUCCAACCAAGGUGUCCAAAUUGAAGAUUCAGAAGAAGAAGAUACUGAAGAAAUUGAAGAAGAUGACAGUGAUGAUUCUGAUGAAGAUGAUAGUGGAGAUAUUGGUGAUGAAGAUGAUAAUGAGGAAUCAGAGAAUGAUGAGGGUGAUUUUUAA